AUGCGCGAAUUCAUGGAUUACAUCCAGAGCGCAUUCUACGCGGCGACGGGCUGGAACCGCGACAAUUCGUACUCGUCCCUCAACGCGACGGCCGACGCACUGCUCAACUUCCCAACACCGCGAGGCCUGCGCCUAACGCUGGGCUCUCUGGCCACGCCUCAGUUCGCGACCGCCUACCAGCUCGGCACCGUCGGCGUCGUCGACGGCUCCGUCUCGUACCUGUACUCUUCGGUACCCCUCGCCGAUGCCAUUGCGCAGAGCAGCCGAAUUCCCCUGCCCGACCUUCUCAGGAGCUACAAGCCGCUGGCCGAGCUGUCACGGGGCACUACCGGCAGCGGCAACUGGAUACGAGGAUGGGAUCGCGUCGAAAAGGACACGCUGGCCUACGGGAGGCUGUACCUCCCGCUCUCCAUGCUGGAGGCCCUGGUGGUCAAGAAGUUCACACCCGACCUGCAAGUACAGGUUAGCGCUGUCUCGGAGCAGACCUUGCGCAAUGGCGGCACCAUGUUGGGCAUGGUUCAGUAUGAUGUUGGCAAGUAUGGCAUUGAGGGUCUGGCAUCCUCGGACGGGGGUCUCAUGGGUUUGCGCGGACUGUACAACUUUGGAGGGGAUGUCUCAAAGCUGCAGCCCAAGCCAGCUACGGAUGACGAUCAGGGCACACGGUAUACGAAUGGCAAUGGUAAUGGCCAGGGGAACGGCGAGCGUGAGGGCAUCUACGGGCGCUUCAGCGCUGGCGCAGAGUUGUACUACGGCACAUUAAACAAAUCCGGAGGCAUGAGUAUGGGCAUGAGGUUUGCGACUUUGCCCACGUACAAAGGAUCUCCACUCACGGCUACAAUGACCAUCAACCCCCUGAUGGGUAAUAUUAGUUGGAGUUAUGCAGUCAUGGCGGGAAAGCACUGCGCUCUGGCUAGCAGGAUGGAUUUCAACGUCUACAGCUAUGAGAGUGACUGGACUAUCGGAAUGGAGCUUUGGCGCAAGAAGGGUGCUUGGACCGUGGACAAGUCUGACGAUGCCGCAACCCUUGCCGAAGACGCUCCCACUCGCAGGGAAAGGAGCUUUCAAGCAAAGCUGGAAUGGAGAUUGGACGAACCAUUGCCAUCUGAUGAUGCACAUGCGCCGGAAGUUGUAAUUGCACCAACUCCAGCCGAGCCAGCUCUACCUGUCAGCCCAGCCGAGGCAACCAACCCAGAGCUGACCGAAUCCGUUCAGAGAAGGCAACGUAGCUUUCGUUCAAAGAUGGAAUGGAGAGCUGAUACCCCCGACGACGACCUCGCUACAAGAUUAGGGGAUGACGAGGAGGAGGAAUAUUCCGGAGUGCUAAAGGCCCGAUUGGACCAAAACUUAAAAAUCGGACUGCUCUGGGAAGGGAGAGUUCAAUCCUUGCUGUUCAGUCUAGGAAGUGGUAUAGACCUGCGCCGACUAGAUUCACCGUUUCGAAGUCUCGGCCUCGAGGUUCAGUUCUCCUCAUGA